AAUUAGCAGAGGUGCAAAUGAGCUUGUCUCUGACCAAGUGGAUCUGGCAAAUUUAGGUGGGACAGAAUUAAGUUUGGACCUGAAUCUCCGUAGCCUUGUAUGCCAUCACAGGAAACAUCCUGAAAUUUCAGUGUAUUUGCAUCCAGUUUUCCAGUUCUCCAAUGAGAGAAGUCUGUGCAGAAGAAGGAAGCUUGACUGGUGGUGUUUAGUGAUUUCUCAGAUAACAAGAGCUUCACAUUUCUGUGGAAUUCCCAUUUGCUUGUGAGCUGCCGCUGCCGCUCGCCUGAUUGAUAUAUGACUGCAAUGGCACUUUUCCAUUUGACAUUCUCUCUCUCUCUCUCUCUCUCUCUCUCUCUCUCUCUCUCUCUCUCUCUCUCUCUCUCUCCUGCUUAAACAACAGCCCUAACUUUUGUGUGUUGCAAAUAUAAAAGGCAAGCCAUGUGACAGGGGGACAGAAGAACAAAAGCAUUUGGAAGUAACAAGACCUCUUUUUCGCUCUGAGUUGCCGGAGUCCAAAGGAAGGUGAAAGCGACGCGUUUUGCAAAGCAGCCAUUCAGGGGAUGUUCUGAUGGAUUAUACCCUCCACAAAUGCCUAACUCAAAACCAGCAAUGACAAGCCAGAGACUUAGCACAGAGCUCUCGUUUUCCUCAAAAGGGACUGGCCCUCAGCCUUUAGAGUGCUUCUGAUGCUCUACCUCCCUCUACUGUAUUUCCCGAGAAGUUCUCCAAUGAUGGGAAAUCAUGUACUAGCCGCUUCCAUUUCCAUGCUGUCCCUUCUGGCAAUCAUGGGAGACACAGACAGUAAAACAGACAGUACUUUCAUGAUCGAUUCAGACCCAGACCGUUGCAUGAGGCACCAUUAUGUGGAUUCCAUCAGCCACCCUUUGUACAAGUGCAGUUCAAAGAUGGUGCUGCUAGCUCGUUGUGAGGGACGUUGCACUCAGACAUCACGCUCCGAACCAAUGGUGUCCUUCAGUACGGUCCUGAAACAGCCCUUCCGCUCCACGUGCCAUUGCUGCCAGCCACAGACUUCCAAGCUGAAAGCCAUGAGGUUGCGCUGCUCAGGUGGCAUGAGGCUCACAGCCACCUACCGUUACAUCCUCUCGUGCCACUGUGAGGAGUGCAACUCCUAGGAGCAAACCUUCUGCAGCAGAUAGAGCGGGAGAGACACAUGGUCUGCAGCAGAAUUCUCAGAAGCAACAGCAGCCAAGGGUCACCUUUUUGCCAACUUGCUAUUACAUGUCUCACACAACCAAGGCCAGUUAAGCAUGGAUUUAAUUUUCAGAGCUGCAGAAAGCAAAUCACGACGUUGCUUGGGAAUGUGCCAAAUCAUGAACAGACAUCAGAAUGUAUAUCUAUGCUGAAGGGGAAAAAAAACCCCUUUUGUGGUGGUGGAGGACUGGUUUUUAGAAACCUAUUUUUUCUUGGGAAAAUACUUUGGGUAGUUUUUCUGGUUCAGUAUUUCUUUAAAUCCUGAAUAAGGGCCCGUGAGAAACUAUGACUCUUCGUUUUGAGCACCCUGCCAGUAAAAGUAAAAAGAACAAAAGACAUUCUAGAAUAUGUACAUUGGAUGCUAUUAUGUGGGAAAUGUUUUAUUUUAGAAGAAGAGAAAGACUCCGUCCCUGUAUGCAGAAGCCUAUUGUAUCUUUUAAAUAUGCCCAUUAGUUUAUAUUGGCCUUGGAAAUGGACUGUAUUGAUGGUAAAAGUUAUAUUUUAUCUGGUCUGGCAGCCAAGUGCUGGACAAUUUAUUGUGGUUUAGGUGCAGUUACAAAAUAAAUAACAGAAAAUUUAUUGAA